GAUGGUGCUGCUCACCAUGAUCGCGCGCGUGGCCGACGGGCUCCCGCUCGCCGCCUCCAUGCAGGAGGACGAGCAGUCAGGCCGCGACCUGCAGCAGUACCAGAGCCAGGCGAAGCAGCUGUUCCGCAAGCUCAACGAGCAGUCGCCCACGCGCUGCACGCUCGAGGCGGGCGCCAUGGCCUUCCACUACAUCAUUGAGAAGGGAGUGUGUUACUUGGUCCUGUGUGAAGCUGCGUUCCCCAAGAAACUGGCCUUUGCCUAUCUGGAGGACUUGCACUCCGAGUUUGAUGAGCAGCAUGGCAAGAAGGUGCCGACGGUCUCCAGGCCCUAUUCCUUCAUUGAGUUUGACACCUACAUCCAGAAAACCAAGAAGCUCUACAUUGACAGCCGGGCGCGGAGGAACCUGGGUUCCAUCAACACAGAGCUGCAGGACGUGCAGAGAAUUAUGGUGGCCAACAUCGAGGAGGUCUUGCAGCGAGGAGAGGCGCUCUCAGCUCUUGAUUCCAAGGCCAACAACUUGUCCAGCUUGUCCAAGAAGUACCGCCAGGAUGCCAAGUACCUGAACAUGCGCUCCACGUACGCCAAGCUGGCAGCGGUCGCUGUGUUUUUUAUCAUGUUGAUCGUCUACGUGCGGUUCUGGUGGCUGUGAGCUGGUUACAGUCACCGAGGAGGGAAAGCCUGUAGCCUGGCAGGUGUAUUUGUGCAGGACACUGUUCACGGGGAUGUGCAUUAGAAUCCACGCAGGACCCUCACCUUUAUGGGUGCGUCCAGGAAAUGUUAGGCGACACCUGAGUACGACACCUCUUAGUGAAUCCUAACCAUAGGUAGAAAGGCUUGUGGACUACAGGCUUCUCCUCUGAGACAGUUUGCACUAGGGGACUGUAGGGUUUGACCUCCCGGAGUUCUGCACCCCUGCUUGGGUGAGCUCUGGGAGCAGUCAAUGGGUGCAAGAAUCACGCUGUACGUCCUCGUGUUGAGUAGCUCUAGUGGGAACUGGACUCUAAUGAACAUUCCUUGUGUUGGUAAUGUUUGCUUUUCUAGCAUCUGGGUCUGCAGUUGUUGGGUUGUUUUUUUUUUUGUUACUUUUUUUUUCUUUUUUAAGAGAAGACUCCCCUGUUUGAAGGCAAAUUCUGCACUCUACAUAUGAUGCUACCUUUCACCUCUUGAACUAGCUAUAUCGUUGAGUUCCUUUCUGAACAACUUUGCUUGUUACACUUUCAGUUAUUUUAGGAACAAAUGGAUGUUAAAUUAUGCCUUAAAAUACAUUCUGGCUAGGACUAGGAGAGGCAAUGGAACACCCUCUCCAUUAUCAAUUCCUACACAAUUAAACUGCAGGUUUCUAAGUGUCCACUUUCCCUCUCCCAACAGCUAUGUAUGAGAGCUUGUUUCCGUGGGGUUAAGAACAGGGUGCUUAAAUGCUGUUGGAGCAGGCACAGAGCAGGCAAUGUCAGCACUCUGGUUUUUUCCCUUUUAUCUGUAGGUUCACUAUGUUAUUUCCUUCUUCUUUGUUGCUGUGCUUUCCAAAACAUGUAAAAACUGCCAUCUCUGGGACACUUUCUUUCUCCCUCUUCAUUUCACCCCAGACAACCAAAAAGGAAACAACCAAAUCCCCCAAACUCUGAAUGUUGUUGUGAAGAGAAGGCAGUGUUUCCUCAAUGAAUGUUUUAACUUUGUGAAGGAUCCAGGCAGACAGCAGCUUUGGAAGCAGUGGAAUCCUUUGGAAAUGCCACCUUUAUUUCCCCCUUGUUGUCACCCUCUCCCUACCUCACUUGGGAAGUUGAAACUGUAGCUGAAGGAAAAUCUUGUGGGACAAUAGUAUCUAAGCUGCUUGUUUCUCAUGGGCCAAUCUAUAUAGUUCCAGUGUAAUGUGAUUUUUGUCCACCUGUGCUAGGAAUAACAUUUUAUCAGUUUUC